GACUCAUCGUUUAAGAAGAGGCGGUUGGUGGUGGAUAAUCGCUGCCCCGAGCCACGACGAAGAGGAAACCUCGGGACUCGACUCGCCUCGCCUGUAGCCGAAUCCCGCAGCGACACCGGGGGGGAUUUCGCGAUUCGCGAGCUGGCUCUGAUGGCGUCGCCGUCGCCGUCGCUGAAUCUGUUUCUAGCGUCGCGUCUGACGAUUCCUUCUCUAGCUCCGUCUCCCCCGCCGCCGUCGCUGGAAAGAGCUCAACCUUCCAGCUCGGCUAGUUGUAGGCGGAGUUGUGCCGUUCGGAGCUCUCUCCCCAUGGCCGCCCUGAGAUUUCCGGGUGGAGCGACGGUCUCGGUCCUCGGUAAUCGGAGGUCGCAGAGUCAGAUUGUGAGGAUGGCUCCGGAGGAAGAGAAGAUGACUCGCCGCUCUCCUCUCGAUUUUCCGAUUGAAUGGGAGAGACCAAAGCCAGGACGGAGACCAGACAUAUUCCCGCAGUUCAGCCCAAUGAAAACACCGUUGCCACCUCCGUUGCCAGCAGAUCCCCCUGAAGAAGAUGAGGAGGAGGAAGAGAAGAAAGAGGAGGAAGAAGAAGACCCUGAAAAGGAGGAAACAGAGAAACCAGAAAGUCAAUGAGGAGGGUAAGGAGGCUCAUGCGCAUCUUUUGCAACUACUUUGGAGGUUUCGAGUUUGCUACUAGGUGUCGCUGAUCCUGCUGAUUUUGUGGUGGAUGUUGGAAUAGUUGGUAGGGUGAGCGAAAGCUCGAGCUUUCUUUUUUGCCAGAGGCAUAAAUCAUUUGGUCAAGUAUGCGAAAUCACUGCUCGUGUUGUGACUCGGAUAUGGAAACUUAUGUGACUAAACUU